GAUAAACGAAGAGCUCGAGUUGUGCCGGUCUAUCGCAUCUAUCCGUGCGGUCUGGUGGUGCAUUGGUGCAUCCGUCUUUGUUCGAUUGUCGCGUGUUUACGAGCGUUGUGUCAGCUGUGUGUCAAGCGAACGGUUCAGUGUAUGUGUGUUACCGAAGCGUGUGCAGUCUCUCUGGCAACGUGUACGGACUCGCUCGCACGGAGACUCGUCGAGGAGGUUAGGACGAAGCGCGAUCGGUCGGCGGUGUGCCGGUGGUGGUGGGCUGCGUGCGUUUCCCCGAGGAGAGCGCGCCACGACAGAAACGUGUGCCUCUGCCUAGUGCCUGCGUGCCAGCCCGCUCGCUCACCCGCUUCUGGUGAAUUCGUAUGGUGAAUUAUUGAUCCGCGGCGGCGUGUGCGUGCGGAAAAACCGCGCGAGUAAAAGAGAGCGAUUCACGGUGGAUAGGAAAACCGAACGGAUAAACGGAGAAAACAUUGAAAGAAGACAGUAACUGCAAACCGGCUCCCGUUUAUACCGGUGUCUUUUGUUUUGAAAACUGUGCGCGCGCGAACACGCACUUCGCAUUAUACAUAUAUUACAGCUUUUAACAAGCUCUGGAGGUGGAACAGUGGUGGCAGCGACGGAUUUUCUUUCCCCUAGGCGGGACCAAGCGAGAAGUGUUCGCACAUAUUCCAUUACUUUCAACGUAACACGCGUCUACGUGUCUCUCCUUUUCUGUCAUUCUCUCUCAUUCUUCUCCUUUCUCCCUCUUUCCUCUUUCUUUCUCUUUCUAUCUAUUUCCCCGCUCUUUCUUCACCGCUCUCGCGUGUUAUAUGUGUGUGCGUUUCUCUCCGUCUCGCUCUGUCUGCGUUACCUUCGCCGCGUGUGCGUCAACGAAACUAAACGCGGGAAAAGCUCGGCGCGAAAUAUAUUCGAGGGGAAUGUACACGGUGCUUAUCGUGAAACGCGGUGCGUUUUCGUUGCUCAACCAGUGAGUGCCUCAGUGUAGAGAUACGAGAAUACGGGAUAUUUAGACGGGAAGCCCGUACAAAAGCAUGUUGUCGUCGUCGUAAGACGACGACGACGACGACGGUCGCGACAACGACGACAACCAUCACGACGAUAAACGUUCGAGGAACUUAAACGCGACGCUGUACGCUUUGUCGCGCUCUUUCGAGUCUUGAUAAUCCAGGACAAGCAAACCCUACCUCCACCACCGCGACUUGGAUGGAUACUGUGCAUUAUUUCUGGAGCAGUGCGGUGGCUGCAGCCGACACCAUUUCCGCGCCGUGGACUCCCACGAGUUCCGGGCCGCCGCCCGACGCGAACGGCUCCGGCUCGGAUACCAAGAACCUCGACGUUGGCGAAAUUAGCGAUGACGAGAAGGACCUAUCGGCAGCGGACGCGGAAGGUGUAUGGUCGCCGGAUAUCGAGCAGAGCUUCCAAGAAGCUCUCACUAUAUAUCCGCCAUGCGGCCGACGCAAAAUCAUCCUGUCCGACGAAGGGAAGAUGUACGGUCGGAACGAGCUGAUCGCCCGUUACAUCAAACUGAGGACAGGCAAGACGAGGACGCGAAAGCAGGUCUCUUCGCACAUACAAGUGCUUGCUAGGCGAAAACUUCGCGAGAUCCAAGCGAAACUCAAAGUGGAUCAUGCCGCCAAGGAGAAGGCGCUCCAGACAAUGUCGAGCAUGUCGAGCGCCCAGAUAGUAUCAGCUGGGAGUGCGAUACACAACAAGAUGCCCCCCGCCCUCGUGGGGCCCCUUGCCCUUCAUGCUUCCACCCCUGUCUCCUAUCCCGGAGCGCAAUUCUGGCAACCGGGUUUGCAGCCAGGAACGUCCCAGGAUGUCAAACCGUUUUCGCAGCCGGCGUACACCGGAAAACCAGCGACAGCGGUUUCAAGCGGUGACAUGGUCCAGGCUCAACCACCCCCGCCCUGGGAAGGACGUGCCAUCGCGACCCACAAGCUCAGGCUUGUCGAGUUCUCGGCCUACAUGGAGCACCAGAGAGAUCAGGAUAUUUAUCACAAGCACCUGUUCGUCCACAUAGGAGGGUCCGCGACUUACGCGGAUCCAUUGCUAGAGGCUGUUGAUGUCAGGCAGAUAUACGAUAAAUUCCCAGAAAAAAAGGGCGGCCUGAAGGAACUUUACGACAAGGGACCACAGGUAGCUUUUUUCCUCGUUAAAUUUUGGGCUGAUCUCAAUACGAACAUUCAGGACGAAGCUGGAGCUUUUUACGGCGUAACAAGCCAGUACGAGAGCAACGAGAACAUGACGAUAACAUGUUCGACCAAAGUCUGCUCCUUCGGGAAACAGGUGGUGGAAAAAGUGGAGACAGAAUACGCUAGGUUCGAAAAUGGCAGGUUCGUCUAUCGUAUUAGUCGUUCGCCCAUGUGCGAAUAUAUGAUCAACUUCAUACAUAAAUUGAAGCACCUGCCAGAAAAGUACAUGAUGAACAGCGUUCUCGAGAAUUUCACUAUUCUUCAGGUUGUAACGAACAGGGAUACGCAGGAAACGUUGUUAUGUACAGCAUACGUGUUUGAAGUGUCGACGUCCGAGCACGGUGCACAACAUCACAUAUACAGAUUGAUCAAGGACUAGCCUGCUUGAACCUGCUCGCCAUGCAGCCAUCCACCCCCCAUCAGUGCCUACCAUCACAUAAAAAAAAUCAUCCAUACGCGCAUAUACACGUCUACACACAAAAAUGUUAACCCUUUGAAGCAUUAUAGUUAUAUCAUUGUGAUAUCACAUUUUUAUAUUAUUUUGUAGAUUCUUCUUAUCCUUAACCAAGGACAUAAAUAUAGUAUUUACAUGUAGAAUAAAUAUGAUAUUUAUAUCACGUAUCAAAUGAUUAACAAAAUUUGAUUUUAAUUGAUUUGUAUAUGAAAUAUGUAAAUGUAAAUUUCUAUAAUUUAAUUUUUCUCUUUCCUUUUUUUUCUUUUUUAAUCGAUUAUAAACGAUUGAUAAUCUUGAAUAUCUUUUUUGAACGCUUCAUGGGGUUAAGCGUUAAUACAUAAUUGUAAACACGCUAUCUACUAUACAUAGAUACAUUUCGCAUCUAUGUAUAAUAAAGGUUCCAUUGAAAAUGUUCUAUUAUCAAAAGAAAAAAAGGAAAAAAUAAUACUUAGAGUCAUAUGUUUUUACGUUUAUCCAACGUUUAUUUUAAUGAUAGAAAAUAUUUAACUAUUUAGAGAUUUGAUUAUUGUAUAAAUAUAUUUUUAUUUACAAAUUUAAGAUUUAUACAUGAUUUUUAAUCGAAUUAUAAUUUUUAAUUAGAUCUUUUUUUGUUCUGUAUUUUCGAACAUUUUCUGUGAAACUCCUUAAAGAGAAUUUGGAACACAAAUACGUGAAUACAUUAUACACAUAUACAUACACAAACAUAUGUACACCUUUACACGUUAGAAGUACUGGCCAGCCCGAGCUUGAGUUUGAUUCAAAACUGAGAAAAGUUGUAAUAAAAAAAAAAAAAAAAAAUUGGUACGCGUGUUUUAACGUAUCGUGGAAAGAAUUUCCUGCUUAUGGUUUCUGCAGGAAGCGCAUUCCAGAUGACGAAAUUGUAAAUUUUAUAUUGAGAAACAGAUAUAAUCGUAUAUAUAUUUUAUGAAUAUUCCGUCAUUUGCUUGUAAACGAUCGAAUUCGUCGGGGUUUUAAUAAAAGAGAUAUAAUAAAAGUUAAGUUAAAAUUGACGACAAUAAAUUUGGAAAAAAAUGAGUGUCGGAGAUAUAGUGUAUGUACCAAACGAAGAAGAAUAAAAAUAUAUAUAUAAAAUCAUAAAAAAAAAAAGUGUAAGAUGAGAAACAGACUCUGAUCUCGGAAAGGCGUGGUACCAACAUAAUUUAGUAUUAUAGUUUUAUUAUUAAAUUAGGAAAUAGAUCAGACAAGACAUCCACACACAGAUAUACAUAUAUUACAUAUAAGAAUAUAUAUGUUAAAUAUUAAUGCAAUGAUUACGAUUUACAUUGUUAUAAAUGAUCGUGUAUAAAGUUAUCUAAGUGAUUUCUAAGUUUUAAACGAAAUGGAAGUUGAAUAGAGAGGUAAUGCCAUUAUGAUUUCUUAAGUUUCCUUAAUUAUAUUAUCAUUAUAAUUUUUUUUUUUUUUUUAAUUAUCCAAACUGAAAAAGAUUGAGAAUAACGUUACAACCGAAACCUUAAGUUUUCUUUUAUAGAAAUGUUUUCUUUUUUUCUUUUCAUUUUUUUUUUUUUUUUUUUUUUUUUUUUUUUUUUUUUUUAAGUUCUAUUACGACUAACAGUAAGAAUUUUCGCUGCAGAGCUUUUUAAUUCUCAAUGAUCAGAUAAAAGAAAAAAGAUUUUUAUGUACUUUCUAAAACUUUUAAUAAACGCACUUAAAAUUGUGCAAACCCACCCAUUCUUAGGCAGCGACACUUAGAUUAGAGGGAUGUGUUUGUAUUUCUUAUAAUCAUUUUAUUUCGUACUCUAAGAUCUUUCUUUUUUCUAUAGUUCUUACGUAAAUGAUUUUCUUACUUAGCAUAUUUUGUUUGUUUUUAUCUUUCUAUUACACAUUUAUAAUACGAAUAUAUCAGAUUUUAUUAAUUACGUGCGCUAGAUACGGACAACAUCUAUCAAAUAGAGAUACUUUUCUUUAACUUAGUGACAUGAUCAUCUUAAUAUUUUUUAUUAGGAGAAUAUUAAAAUUAAAGUUGAAGAAUGUAAAAUAAAUCUAAUCUUUGAGCUUGAUUCUCCAUUUUUAAAGAGCAACUACGUAAUAGUGUGAUAAACUUCAUCACAGCUCUCUAAAUUUGAGCAUAUUUUAAGAGUUCAUACAAAACUUUGCUUGUUGACAAUGUGUUUUGUACUUAAUUUUAUUUUAACAUUUCAAUGUAUGAACCAGAAAAGUUUCAUAUUAUAGAUAUUCUUUUACAAUUUUACAAUUUUUCAAUAACAAUUAUGUAAGAGAGUAAAGGACCAUUAAAAUCUUAUGCGAUUAAUUUUAUUUAGUCACAUCUCUCGCAGAGACUAUAUACAUGUAAAUGCACAGAAAACUUUUUAUAUAUUCUUUAAUCUGAUCAAUUGCCUGUUCUGAAACAGGACUUGCCUAUAUGGAGCAGUGAAUGUUAAGAUAAUACAGGAAAGAAUCAUGUAUACUUUAAGAAAAUAAUUAAUACUUAUUUUAUUCUUUACUUUAAUUAACUUUUACGCAACAAGUGGCAAUGUAUUUUGAUCUCUCUUUUAGUCAGAAAUAUGUCGCUUUUUAUUUGGGGUGAGAAUUAAAUUCGUUAAGUGAUUGACUGAAUAACGAAGGAACUUAUAUAUUUAAAUAAUAAUGUAUAUGGCUUUCGUUCAAUAACUGGCAGCUUUCACAAUUUUCACAGUUUUUACUUAUUGUUACCUUUUUUUUUUUCUUUUUUUUUUUCUCUUUAUAAUUGAUUAUAAGUUUCGUUUUUACACAUUAUAUCUAUAAAUCGUAAUUUUACUAAAUUGUGUGUAUAUUAAGGUAGAAUUGGAAUCAUUAAGAUGAUUUUAUAUGAUAUUAUCAGAAAAUUUAAUUACUUGUUUUUAUCAGUAGUAUAUACGUAGAUAACAAGAAAAAGAAAAAAUAUUUUUCUGCGAUUUAAAUCAAUAAAAAUAAAUAUAUGCGCUAUAGUAAAAAUUAUUUUGUUUAAUAUUAAUUAAUCAAAAAGAUAUCUAAUGGUUCUAAUUCUGCCCGUGAUAAAUUGUUAUUACAAAAGCAAGAAAUUAUGCAAUAUAUUUAGAAAAUACUCAAAUGUUUUUGGUUAUGCGAAUUUUUAUUUUAAAGAAAAAUCAUGAAGAAAAAAAAUGGGAGGAGUUUGAAAUCGCAAAAAGGAGCACCGACACUAAUAUUAUUAACAUUAACGAAUAAUGAUUUUAAAGUAAGCGAAU